AUGUCGGGUUCCUAUGACGAGUCAGCAGCGGCCGCCGAGGAAACCACCGACAGCUUCUGGGAGGUGGGGAACUACAAGCGCACAGUGAAGCGGAUUGACGACGGGCACCGGCUGUGCAAUGACCUCAUGAGCUGUGUGCACGAGCGGGCCAAGAUCGAGAAGUCCUACGCCCAGCAGCUCACUGACUGGUCCAAGAGGUGGAGGCAGCUCAUUGAGAAAGGUCCCCAGUAUGGCAGCUUGGAGAAGGCCUGGGGUGCCAUCAUGACGGAGGCAGACAAGGUGAGUGAGCUGCACCAGGAGGUGAAGAACAGCCUGCUGAACGAUGACUUUGAGAAGGUGAAGAACUGGCAGAAGGAUGCCUACCACAAGCAGAUCAUGGGGGGCUUCAAGGAGGCCAAGGAGGCUGAGGAUGGUUUCCGGAAAGCCCAGAAGCCCUGGGCCAAGAAGCUCAAGGAGCUGGAGACAGCCAAGAAAGCCUAUCACCUGGCAUGCAAGGAGGAGAAGCUGGCCAUGACCCGGGAAGCCAACAGCAAGGCAGAUCAGUCCAACACCCCUGAGCAGCAGAAGAAGCUCCAGGACAAAGUGGAAAAGUGCAAGCAAGAUGUGCAAAAGACUCAGGAGAAGUAUGAGAAGGUGCUGGAUGAGCUGAACAAGUGCACCCCACAGUACAUCGAGAGCAUGGAGCAGGUCUUUGAGCAGUGCCAGCAGUUUGAGGAGAAGAGGCUCAGCUUCCUCAAGGAAGUGCUCCUGGACAUCAAGAGGCACCUGAACCUGGCUGAGAGCAGCAGCUACGCCAGCGUGUACCGGGAGCUGGAGCAGACCAUCCGCCUGGCGGACGCCCAGGAGGAUCUGCGGUGGUUCCGCAGCACCAGCGGCCCCGGCAUGCCCAUGAACUGGCCCCAGUUUGAGGAGUGGAACCCGGAGCUGACACACACGAUAACGCGGAAGGAGAAGCAGAAGAAAGGGGAAGGGGUGACCCUGACCAACGCUGGCAGCGCGGGCGAGGCGGCGGCAGGAGAGCGUGGCAGCCACAGCAUCCUCCUCAAUGUCACUGCAUCUCAAGGGUUAGAAGAGACCUUGGAAGAUCAUCUCAUCCAAGAUGCUCCAUCACAUCUCAGCCCCUCUCCUCCUUCUCUCCCCCACCCCAGCGUGAGCAGCCACGACCGUGGGCAGACCUACAGCGCUGAGUGGUCUGAUGAUGAGGGCAGCAACUCCUUCAACACCAGCGAGGCCAACGGCGGCACCAACCCCUUCGACGAGGACUCGGCGGGGAAGGGGGUGCGGGUGCGGGCUCUGUACGACUACGAUGGGCAGGAGCAGGAUGAGCUCAGCUUCAAAGCAGGUGAUGAACUAACCAAACUCGGUGAAGAAGACGAGCAAGGCUGGUGCAAAGGGCGCUUGGACAACGGGCAGCUGGGUCUCUACCCUGCCAACUACGUGGAGACCAUCUAA